UGAGGCUAGGCGAGAGCAGAGGAGAUGGUAUGAGAAAUCUUUGUCUUGAAUGGGCUGUAUGUGUGUGCGUUUGUGUGUGUGCAUUGGACUUUUAACUCCUCUAGCCUAAAAACAUCAGCAGACGCUGUAAUCCCUGUGGUCAAGCGAGAUGAAACACACGUUUGGACUUUUCGUGGGAGUCGCUUUGUUGACCGUUAGUGUCUGCAAUAAGAAUUAUGGAAUGCACUACUCCUCAUUAGGUGGGUCUCUAAGCUGCUAUAAGUGCUCGGAUUAUCAAGGUGGCUGGUGUGAUAGAAUCCAGGAGUGCAGUUAUGAAGACUCGUGUUUGUCUCUGCAUGAGAAAGGAGGGAAAACGAUCCGGCAGUGCAUCAGGUACACGGACUGCGACAACUCCCGGCUGUCUCAGAUGUUUCCAGCUUUGUCUGGAUUUAACUACCGCUGCUGUAACACUAACUUAUGUAACAGCGGGCACAGGCACACAGCCAUCCUCAGCCUGUUCUCUAUCUCUCUGCUCGGCAUGUGGUGGAGCUGCUACUGCUAAUCUUCUCACUAGAUUACAGAAAUAUUUCUAUUCUUACAUACAGUAAUGGUAAAAGAAUAUGUAUCGAAAUUUUACCUUUUUAAAAUUAACAACGAUCUUAAUGAGUUUUAAUACAGAUAUACCGUUUUUAGAAUGCUAAUAACUGCUUUUGUCACAUUUUUAAUCAAAUUUGCUUGCUGUUGGAUUAUGAUGUACUGUA